AAGGUCUCUUAGCACAUUUGAAGUUAAGAAAAUGAUGAAGUUCAACCGAGAGGAAUUCUUCGGCAACCCAACACAAAGUUUUGAUUGCCCUCCUCCAAACUUUGAGAAACUAUCUGAUAGAGGUUGGCUCUUGUUAGCUAAAGCAAUUGUCUCUGAUUCUUCUGGACUCGGAAAAUACAUUAGCUAUGCUAAGAAAUGGAAAAAGAAGGAGGAAGAAUGGAGCUCUCAUGUGAUCUUUGGAGCUAACCAGAGCACCUUCUCAAAGAGAAAAUAUACCAUUGGUAAAUAAGCCUAAGAACAUCCAAGGGAAGAAGAGUUAUCUUAAUACAAGUUUACUGUUUCAUCCCGACAAUGAAAGGCUAAACACGAUUUCUGGAGGGAUCAACAUCGGCCAAAAAUAUGGUAUUAGUCCUAAAUAGGGCUAGGAAGGCCUCUAUGGCCAACUCUCCAGUUAAACGGUCUGAUAAUUUUGAGGAAAAUGCCUUAUCAACUAACAAUUUUGUUAUUGGUGAAGAACAAAAUGAAAGAAGCAAGCCUCGAAGAAGAUUAUUUAAGAAAGUCCUUAAAACUACUGGUCGAAAGACCAUUCAGACUGCUACUGAUACCAAGAGGAUCAAGAGUCGCUAUAUUUCUAAUGCCCCUCAAAACGCUACGAUGAGUGGCUUGAUGGCCAAAAAGAAGAAAAUCAUUCUCGGGUCAAGCAAUAUGGCUAAUUAUACAGUGCAUGCAAGGAACAUUGCUAAGCGAAAAGAGAGUAAUUUAGUUAAACAAAUCAAGGGCUUGCAAUAUAUCCGGAACCAGCGAGGCCUCGAGAAGACCCAGAGCCAGACCUCGCUACGUAAAAAGAAGCGAUCUUAUACCGAAGAUUAUGAGAAUGACCAAAGAAAGGUGAUCGAAAGUCUUAACAAACAUAUUGCUAGAGCUAAGAAAAAGAGGUCAUUGAUGAAAAACAAAACUGCUAUUUCUCGUACAAGGAAGAUUAAUGAUCCUGGAGAUCCAAUCAAGAAAAGCUCUGACAAAAGUUUGACUACUAAGAAGAAUAGUAGCUCUAAGAUGAUCUAUGGGACUUCUAGCCCAAACAUUAAGACUAUAUUGGCUAUUGGCAGCCCUUACAGACUAAAGAUUGGUCAAGACAAAAUCAAUAGGCUCUAGUGGGCCCAUCGGCUACAAUUUUUG